AACAGUGCGCGGGGCAAACCUAGUGUGCGUUACCUCUGUUCGAAACGUUCUGUCUGAACGUAGAUAUACAGUGAUGUGUUGUUUAUAUACAAAGGACAACUAUUACCACGUAUAAAUGAGUGCGAAAAAACCAAAGCUGCCUGGUUUAAACAUCCGUGGUAGCUCAAGUAGACACGACUGGGAUUCUGUUGGAACAAUCAAGUUUUUCACUGACAAAGAUGGUGAUAUUAGUGGUUUAGAUGAAGCAAUGAGAACUAUUAGUAUGGGUACUCGGCAGUCUGGAGAAGCGAAUGUGCAUUCACCAUCCUCACAUACAAGCGACAAAGAUUCCACAUCAUAUACUGGGUAUAUUGAUGAGUUUAGUGGGCAAAACAAAUUAGAUGUUGAAAUUGCUGUUGAAGCAACAAGCAUUUCUGAAUCAAUUAGUCCCACGGAUCUGACUGAUUCAACUGAGUCGGCUAAAGAAACUCAUGGUUAUAUGAAUGAAUCAAGUUUUAGUCAACAGACAAAUGAAUCUCUUGGUGUUUUCUCAUUCAAUAACGAUCUAAAUACGAACUCAAAUGUUCUUCCGAAUUCUAUCGAUGUUUUCAGGACUAAUGACAGACAUAACUCACUGGACUUAGAUGACUCAAAGGAUAUAUCAUCGUCCCCCGGUAGUCAUGUUGUUCAUUCAUUAAAAUCAAAUGUAGAUGGUAAUUCAUUAAAAACUGUAUUGUUAGAUGAAGAUUUGAAUGUUCACUUACAUUCAAAUGUUUUACCUAAUUUGACUCCAGAUUGUACAACAACAACAACAACAACAACAACACCGUCUACCAUUUUGGUUAAUCCAUCUAGAAUCAACACUUUGUCGUUUAAUACAUCCAGUAAUCCAGUCAACUCUGUUAUGGGUAAUCAACAUGAUACUCAUGUUCCUACUUCUAAUGAUUCAAUUAAACCACCAAUAAAUGUCAAUAUUGAUAAAACGAGGAACGUUUCCGAUCCUACGCCACCAUGUUUAUCAUCAUCAAAACUGAAAAUGAAUUCAUCACCACCAACAUCUACACUUGCAAUUGAUAGCAACGAUCAAAUUUUUAAUAAAGUUACUGAACCAACUUGUAUACCCAUUUCUACACCAAAUACUAGAAAUUCCGCAUCCAUUUCUCGUGCUCCUCUUCUUCAUUCUUCUCCUUCUCCGAUAACAAAUACUUUAUCGGAAAAUCCUCAAAUCAGACAACGUAAUGUUACUACUACUACUACUAAUGCCACUAUCACAAUUGAUAGCAAUAUUAUACCAGGUGCUACUGGUUCAAAGGUGCUCAGAUCAAAAUCACAUCGUCUAUCAGUGGUUAAAAAAUCUCAUCCAUGGAUGCGUUAUACAUUUUGUUCACUGACAGUAUUUUUGAUUUAUUGGCUUUUUAAUGGUUUUCUAUUGGGUCUAACUGUUGGUUGUAUACUAACAUAUACAUUCAUUACAGUGUAUAAUUAUUUGCAUAGUCGUACAAACUAUUCUAAUCAAAUUCUCUGUCCAAUAUCAGGAUUGCCAUUAGAUCACUUAUGCUGUUCACUGCAUUAUCGACAAGAACAAGAGGGCCAGUAUCAAGGUUCACAAUGGUGGCCAAUCUAUUCACCUGCUAUGCCAAAUUUAACUUCUAUUUUAACUAACAACGCGAACAGUACUAAUAAAUGUAUGCAGUUAAGAAAUUUGCCUAAUUUCACUGUACCAAAUAUGCUUGAAGAAGAUGUUAGCAAAUCAACUAUCUCAGGUCCAUUGGGAAAUAGUUUAGGUUUUAAAUAUGACAAUAAUGGACGGCCCGUAUACAAAGGAUGGUUAAAUGAGACUAUUCAUUAUGAUCCUGAAACUCAUCAUAUUGGCAAAACAUUUUCUGUCUUCCUCACGCUUGAUGGUACACAAUUACGCCUACAACGCCCAGAACAUAAUAUUACUCGUAGAUCUUUAUGGAAUGAUGAAAUCCCAUCAACUACAACUAUGCGAUUCAAACAACAGCAUAUUUAUGAUUUAACUAAUGCAACUGUUACACUCCUUCCAUAUGGCUUAGUCGGCAAACGUCUAUGGAGUAGAAAAUAUCCUAUUUGUAUCACCGUCUACACUGAAGGUAGAUUCAAGCGCAAAAAUGAAAGACUUGAUUCACUACCAUCAUCGACGAGCUUUCCAAAUAUCAUAUUAUCUACUAGCUCUAAUAUAGCAGUGAAUGAAUCCUCUGACUUGACCAUGGAUACCUCUAUUCCAUCAGCUGGAGAUAUGGAGUUCCCUGAUGAUACUAGUAUCAAUGUAUUGCAAACUUCAAGCAAAUCAAAUAUGAAAAAUUUAUAUUUGUUUGGAAGAACAUGUCGCGAAAAAGAAACAUGGUACCGUAGACUGAAAGCUGCCUCAUUGGGCACACCCCUUAUAUGGACACCUCAGAUGGCUGUACAACAUUAUCUUUUGGCAUCAGAUAUUAAUAAUAGUAAUAAUAACGUUGGUUUACCGGAUUAUUUAAGUGGUACUGCCACAACAGCUUCUAAUAUCAUUUCUAAUCACAACGACAGCACAUUGAGUGACGAUGAGAGUCAACCUGAUGGAAAUACAUUAUCGAAUCUGAUAACAUGUUCUGAUUCAGCUGCCAGUAUCGCUAAUACUGAUGUUGUUACCACUAUUACUACUACUAUUAGUAGUAAUAAUAGCAAUAGUACUCCCACUGGUUUAAGCAGUACAACCAAUACUAAUAGCACUUAUUCAUCCAGCAUAAAUCUUUCAAAUUAUGGCACUUCAAUACCUGGGAAUCGUGAACCAGUCUAUGUUUCAUAUGUCCGAUAUAUGGCUAAAUUUAUGCCCGCCAAUUGGCUUGUACGAAGUGCACAAGCAUUAAAAUUAAAUGUUAAUCAAAUUAAUUGUGAUACAAAUAUGAUAUGGCUUAAUGCAUUAAUUGGUCGUUUGCUAUGGGAUUUUCUUCGUGAACCUUAUUGGUUAGAAAAGAUAAAAAAUAAGAUUCAAGCAAAGUUGAAAAAAAUACAUCUUCCAAAUUUCAUCAAUGAACUCACUGUCGUUGAUAUUGAUUUGGGCUCAGAAAUACCUGUACUAAGACGUAUCGGAUGUCCUUAUCUGGAUGCACAUGGUCUAUGGAUUGAAGUGGAUGUUGGUUAUGCUGGAGGGUUCUCAUUUGCUUUGGAAACAAGUGUUAAUUUAAUGCGGUGGAAUCAAAAACUUCGUGAAGAAAAAGAUAUUACCUAUUCAUCAGAUAAUUUUGCUCAAAAUUCACUAUCCAAUGAAUCUCUACCAAAAGUUCAUUCUCGUUCGAUAACAAAAAUGGCCGCUUACCUAUCUGAUGAAGAGGACAGUGCUGAUUCAACAACUGACUCUGAAUUAGAUGAAACAACUAAUAUUAGUCAAAAUUCCAGUCCAAUAAAUAGUUUACGACCUGGGCGUAACUUACCAUCCACAGGACUAAUCAUAGGUGGAAUGAAAUCCGGUGAUAAUGAACGUGUAAACCCUGAAGACAACAGUCCAGUAAAUUUACAGCCUGUCUUACCGUCUCGUCGAAGGAUUAUACGUAUUGUCGAUCGCAUCACCAAAUCCUCAUAUUUUCAAAGAGCCGUUGAUACAAAACUAGUCCAGCGUGGUAUGGAACGUUUGUCAAACACACCAAUUGUAUUACAAGUUGAGAUACAAAUGUUAAGUGGUACGCUUUUAGUCAAUAUCCCUCCACCGCCCAGUGAUCGUCUGUGGUAUGGUUUUCGUCCUGUACCUAAUAUACGACUUAAAGCACGUCCUCGUGUUGGAGAAAAAGUUGUUACAAUGUCACGUAUAUUGGAAUGGAUUGAAAAGAAAAUGAUUCUUGAAUUCCAGUGAAUAUGAAAUGAAGAAUACAUAACCAAUAAUUUCUAUUGGGAACAAUUUAGUGUUGCCUCAUUUUGAUGAUAUCUUGAGCAAUUCUAACUGUAAUCAGCAGUUGAUUUCCGUUUUAUACAAUUUUUGCGUUGUAUCGAAAACUAUGAUGGAUGAAGACUGGAUAUAUAUAUAUUCCAAUUGUUGAAUAUUUAUUCUUCACAGAAUGUAUUGACACUUGUUAAGUGGAUUUAUUACUUACAAUAUAUUGAAAAUCGGAACCUUUCUCUCACUUCAUCUGUGGUUAGCAAUUUUAUUACUAUUCUUUUGUUUCUAUUUACCCAACUUUCUUUUCUUUUGAGUGCUUUGAAGAAAUAGACCUGACUAUUGUUCUCAGUGUGUACCGUUGCCAUCUUCCUAGGUACUUUUAAUACUGUAAAACACGACAAUAGGCAGAAGGUAUAUACAUUUAUUGCGAGAGGUUACAAAGUAUUUACAUAAUACAUAUAGCUUUCAAUCGUCUAUUUGCAUCUUCCGAUGUAUUCUGCAAUCUGAACUGUCUUCUCGGCUGGCCUCCAGGUGUUCUGCCAACACCGUGCUUUUGAUGCACUGAAACUCUGUCCGACAAUUUUUACAACUUCGACGCCGCAUUCCGAUAAACACUACUAACAAAUAUCCUUGUGAGUAGCGUCCACUACACUACAAUCAAUCUGUAUAAAUUAGAAGCAUCAAGAACAUGAGCAAAAAUUGUAAUGAUUAUUUGCAAGGGUUGGAUUAUUCAACGUCGUAUCAACAUCAGGGAUGCUUCGAUAUAUGUCAGUUAUAGCAGUGAAAUCCAAGACACUCAUCUCCACUUGUUAGGGACUCUUCACCCGGAACUACCCGCUUUGUGUUGAAGGUGAACAUCAACACCAGGAUUUAGGCGUAUCCAACGAAUGGGUAUUAGGAUAGAACGUCCGUCUUGAAUUCCAUUGCUAGUCAUAAUUCAAAAUAAUGUAAUGUUAUUCGGUAGUAAAACUCAAGGAAGUUAUCACAGCUUUUCCAUUGGGCUUGCACUUCAGACACUUUACACGUUUACCUUUCAUUCGAUAUUAUUAAGCCAUUAAUUUGUUGCUACUUUAUUUAUCCCGGCUAACCUCAAUCUCCAUACCAUAACACAGUUCCGGUUGUUUAAAUGAUUUCAUCCUGAUUUACUGCCGUUGUCACUUCACAACAGCACCCCCGUGGUGUAAUCAAUAAAUGAUCGCUAUCAUUGUUCAUAGUCAGACCUCACAAGUACUAACGCAGCAGGCACCGCUCUUUCUACAACCGAUAGUAACACUCAAACAUACAAAUUCUCUCAUCUGUUUCAGUAACCUAACGAUUGAGUUUCUGAAGGCCUAUAGCUUAUCACUUCACACUAGUGAGACCGAUCUCCAUAUUUUCCUGGAAUUAAGGAUAUUUAUACACAUACACAAACUGACUUUCAUAUUUUUAUGAAGGCAACAGUGUCCAGUAUUCUUAAGAUAACUGACCUCGCCUCUAAACCAAAGACUAUGGUUCUUGUUAUAAAUAAACCAUAUGAAGGGAAAAUAUUCUAGACGCUUAGUACAGAUUGUACGGAGUUAUAGACAAGAAAGUGAAAAGUACAUUGUUUACCAACAAUCUCUCGAAGUGCGUUUGUAUUUUUCUGUCGUCAUAUUUUACCACCAAAUAACAGUAAACAUUAUUUUGAAACAAACCUAAUAAUAAAUUUUGUUGGUUGGAUCACUCGAAGGUGAUUGAUUUUCAUUUCAUAGACAUCUAACACAUUUGUAGGGACUUCUGAAAAGUCACACACCAACGUACAUCUAGAUUGUAUAUUACUUCAGACUAAUUGUUUGUAGUAUAUAACGAAACUUAAGAUACGUUGACCACGCUUAAAAUCGAUAUCAUUGUAUACAAAUUUGUUGUAUUCUGGUGAAGCACACUCAGCCUUUAAGAAAUCGGUUUCGAACGAACUAGGUCACAGUAUCAUCAGAUUAUUUUAUAAAAAAGGUUAUGGAGUAACUGAACGACGAAAGACACGUUGUAUUUACACGGCGUAAGGUAAUACUGAUGAUUUUAGAUAUUACAAGUACGGAAGACAUUAUAGCCAUUUAAUGCUGUUGUAAAUACUAGUCCUGGUACUUGUGGAUGCCAGUGUGCUUCCUUUAAUUCUGUUUGGCCACCAUGAACAAAUAACAAUUGAACUGGUAUGCCUAAAUCUUCUUCAUCUGCCUCAUGAUUUGAACUUGAUUCAUUUGACUGUUUUAAUUCUUGUUCAGAUUGUUCUAAACUAAUGUCCCAGAAUGUAGCUUGAUCGUCUUCACAUGUAGCUACAAACACUCCAGCGUCAUUCGGAUGCCAUUCCACUGAUGUGAUUGGUUUCUUGUGGUACUACAAGACAAACCAAAAUACAUCAUCUUAAUAUAAUAAUGACAACAACAAUUGACACUGAGAUUUUACAACAAAAUAAUUUAGUAGAUAUCAAAAGUAAACUUAACGUGAUGGUAGCUAAUGGGAAUCCGUGUAAAAGAAAUAAAACCGUGACUUUCCAUGAGUGGAUUAAUAAUACUUUUCAGACAGAAUGUACAGUCUACUAGUGGAGAAUGCAUUAUCUAAAUUAUGCUUAUAAAUGAAUCAACCAAUAAUAUUUACGUUAAACGCUUACCACGUAGACUCAAUUCGGUCUACAGGCGGUCAUAUUCUGCUUAAUUGACAAUCACGAAAUUUUGCUUUUUCUAUAGACAAAAAUGAUUUUUCCACUGAUUUCAUUUGCUGCAUCCCUUACUAUCGUUUGAAACAAGUAACGAUUAACUAUACAGUUUACCUGUUUCGACUACACCUACGCGGUCAUAGGACUAACUCAAGAAAUCUACCUGCAGGCCAUAAAAGACAUUGACUGUUAGACUUAGUCACGUCAGCAUAUACAGAUGCAAGUGGGGGUUGUGUGGUCAGUGGUUGAGGACGUUGGGUCAAACAGCUCAAAACCAUUCAGGACGACCCACAUUUAUUCAUUAUUUUUCUCUAAAUCUUGGGUUUCAGUACUUUUUCAUGCGCGCCUUUUUAUUUCUUAUGCUCAAACCAUAUUCUUAAUUUUAUUGUAACUGCAAUUCUUCCAACUUUUUUGCCAUUCAUCUUGUUACUCUUCUCUUGUCGUGCUGAGAGAGUUAGGCUAACGUACGUUUGACUCUCGCUCUACGUUGAUUAGAUCUAAGUGCAACGAAUUCACAGUUCUAUCGUGUGAUUGUAUAACCUGAUAAUACAAUUAUCCCUCAC